UCGCGACGUCGUCAUCGUUGUGCGCCCAGCAGAGACAAUAUGGCGAGCGGGAAGAAGAGCGCUCUCCUGUCUUCACUAGCCGCUUACGGGGACGAUUCAGAGCCAGACUCCGAUCCGGACACGGAUGAACACGAGGCUCAUGGGAGUUUGGUGUCGGCGGGGUACGGGGAUGAUGACGCGCCUCGAGCUGAAGAUGGAGAGGAGAGAGACUCGGGGAACGAAGAGAGCGAGGAGAACGAGGGACACUCGGAAGUGGACGAUUCGGACUCGGCUGAACCUCACGAUGAUUCAAAGGAUGUCAUAAUGGGAGAGAAGAAGGAUCCCAAUGAGUUGGUUGCCCAGUUUUCAGAGAAAGUGAGGAACAUGUCUCCUGAGGAAAUCCGUAUUCCUCCUGAACCACCAGGCCGCUGCCCCUCCCACCUACAGGAGAAAAUCUAUAAACUGUAUGAAAGAAAGUUGCACGGAGAUUUUGACACCAACAGCCACAUCCAGAAGAAGAAAGAGUUCCGUAACCCCAGUAUUUAUGAGAAACUGAUCCAGUUCUGUGGUAUUGAUGAACUCGGGACGAAUUACCCCAAAGACAUGUUCGAUCCUCAUGGCUGGUCUGAAGAUUCCUAUUACGAGUCUUUAGCCAAAGCUCAGAAGAUUGAGAUGGAAAAACUGGAGAAAGCAAAAAAGGAGCGCACAAAGAUUGAGUUUGUGACGGGAACGAAGAAAGGCACGAGUACGAACGCUGCUGCUGUGACCACCAACACCACCACCACCACCUCCACAGAUGCUCAGAAGAGGAAGAGUAAGUGGGACUCGGCGGUUCCGGUCACCCUGUCCCAGCCGGUUCUCUUGACCACCACGGCCACGCUGCCCGGCGUCGUCUCAGUCACCACCACCGCCAGCGGCACCAAGACCACCGUUAUCUCCGCCGUGGGCACCAUCCUGAAAAAAGCCAAGCAAUGACCUCACACACCUGAGCCAGGUAACACUCUGCUCACAGGAAGUGAUGCCUCGCCCCAAUGUAACUGGACUGCUUUCCAUUGGUUGAGGAAGUCUCUGGAGUGGACUGGACCUGAGGGUUUACUCCACAGUACUGGACUGGACUUUAUCAUCAGGAUGAAGGAGUUCUCUCCUCUCACUCGUCCUGGUAGCAUCAAGCCCAGGAUUACUCUUCACUCUCCUCUUUACCUGUAAAUCCCUCACAGCUCAGGAGUUUAGAGCAACAUGUUUUCUCUAUCCAUUUUAUGUUUUUAAUUUUGCACAAUAAACAUUUUCACAUCUGCUCUUGUAGCCAUCUUCACCUUCAUGUUUAUAAAAUAAACAUUUUGUAUUGUUGUGUA